AUGCCAUCAGUCAAGAGCACCAUUACUUUCUUGCUGAGCCAGGCUCUUCUUGCCACGGCCAGCCCAGUGGAGUUGGAGAAGCGUCAAUGCCCCGGAAUCCACGUUUUUGGCGCCCGUGAAACCACAGCACCACCAGGAUAUGGCUCUUCUGGUACUGUUGUGAAUCUCAUUGUCAACUCUCACCCCGGCACGACAGCCGAGGCCAUCAACUACCCAGCCUGCGGUGGUCAGAGCCAAUGCGGUGGUAUUAGCUAUGCUAACUCUGUGGUGGCUGGUAUCAAUGCUGUUGUCCAGGCUGUGAACAACUAUCACAACCAAUGCCCCAACACAAAGCUUGUGUUAGUUGGAUACUCCCAGGGCGGCCAAAUCAUGGAUGAUGCGCUGUGUGGAGGAGGCGAUCCUGGAAAUGGCUACCCAAACACUGCUGUCCCUCUCUCUGCGGGAGCAGUCAGUGCUAUCCGGGCCGCAAUCUUCAUGGGCGACCCUCGCUAUGUCCGCGGACUGGCGUACAAUGUUGGAUCUUGCGCAGCCCAGGGCUUUGCUGCCCGCCCUUCUGGCUUCGUCUGCCCCAGCGGAUCAAAGAUCAAGUCGUACUGCGAUGCUUCAGACCCCUACUGCUGCAACGGAAACAACGCAAACACUCACCAAGGUUAUGGUCAGGAGUACGGGCAGCAAGCCCUCUCCUUUGUCAACAGCAAACUCGUUUGA